UUUUGAGAAAAUUUUAAGACUGUUCCAGAGGCAUCAUGUAAAGUACCCCCAAAACUUUAGAAUAUUUUUUUAAAAUCCCAGUCCUUUGAGAGGGGCCAGACAGAUGGUGAAAUGUACAGUUUGGAAAAAGUUCUACACAUAGUUUAGGCACUAGAUAGUUUGAAUAGUUCACAGACGACAGACUGAUGGACAUCAAAAAAACAAUACCUUAACAAUCCCCAACUAAACCUUUUUCAAUGACCCUGAAACAUGUAUUUCUAUAUAAAUCUCAAAAUAGAUUUUCCACAGCAUUAUGAAAUGUUUUUAUACUACAUAUAUUAUUCUGUACAUCAUAAGUAUACUAGAAAGUAAACAUCUGAAAAUCUCAGAGGUAUAUAGAUCACCAGGUAAUGGAAAAUUGCCAAAUUGAGCAGUUCAUUAUGUAAAUAAAUAAUAUAGGGAUUACUGAAGAAAAAAGGCAAACUUUGCCAUACACAGUACUAAUACUAUGAACUUACACUGUUAUUUUUAUGGGAUCUCUAGUAAUAAAGUUCAGGUGUUUUGCAUAACAUUCGAUCAUUAGAAACGCCUACUGCUGAAAAAUGUGAAAUGUUGUUAAAUUGAUUUUCUGGAGGCCUGUUGCAUUCCCUCCCCUCCCAUAUACCACUGAAUUACUGAAUGUAAACCAAGUCCAUGUUGGAAAUAUCAAGGAUAUUAUUGUGACAUGAGUUUUGUGUAAAAAAAAAAAAAAUGGCCAGAAUACAGGUUUUCUUGCUCAGCAUAUUACAUUGAAUAGUCAGUGUCAGAUUUUCAAAAGGGGAUUGUAGAGAACAAAUAUUGUAGAGUGACAUGUGUUUUGAAAUAACAAAAUAAACACAUUAAAAGAAAUAUUUUAUUUAGUUUUAGUGUGUAAACAUAUUUGUGACCCUGUGGGAUUAAAAAUACAGAAGAGAGCUUCCUUUUAAUACAGUAAUACCUGUCAUAAGAUGGAAACCUGACAUCCUGGACAAAAAAAUCUUAGAACGGCACAAUUUUGAACGUGAAAAUGACCUCCAUAAGCCAGAAACCUUUCUAACACAGAUAUGGAAUGGAUUGUAAAGAACGUAGAUAGAUUACCAGGAUAAAAAGAAAAUUUAUUUUUAAAUUUCUGGCAAAUAUCUUUGGAAUGAUAUAUUAUGAAGGGUUACAAUUGAGUGAAUAAUGAGUUAUUCCUUUUAUGCCUGUUGUCAAGAAAUCUUUGCAUUCACCGGGUUGACAAGGUAUAGACCAGACAAUUUAUUGACUGCUUACAGUAUGCUGUGUGCUAGUGUGUCAAAAUGUCUUUGAAGGGGUUCAUUUGUGAACCAGGUGCACAAUUGAAUGCCUUUGCAAAAUCUUCUGAAUUUGCCAGAGUGCCCAAUACACGAAUGUGUGGCCUGAUCAAUCCUGCACUCUGUGAUAAGCAUCCCUUCAACCUCAGCUGGGUAGCGAGUCAAAUGACAACGGGUGGUCCUAUGCAUGUGUGGUGCAAGGUGGACAAGGUGGUGUCUAUGGAGGCUGGGGGCCGGGAGUCAGAGUGGAAAGUUUUGCAUGAGCUCAGCUAG